AUGGGUGUGCCAGGACUAUGGGACAUACUCCGACCCGCGAGCAAGGUGAGAUCCCUCACCGAAGUCGCGGUUGUCGAAGGUUUCGAAUCCAAUGCCAACGGCAUGCGUGGUUUUCGCGUCGGAAUUGAUGCUAGCAUCUGGUUUUUUCACGCGAAUUAUGGCAAGGAGGGCGAGAAUCCCGAGCUCAGAACACUCUUCUUCCGGUGUGCCACACUACUGCGGUCGCCGUUUCUCCCGUUAUUCGUCUUCGAUGGUCCCGAACGUCUGGGAUUCAAGCGGAAUAUCAUAUGA